AUGGGCGGAAUGGGGGGAAUGGGUGGCGGCAGCAGUCGGGUUGGUAAGCGGAGCAAAGGGGGUUUUGGAGGCUCGUGGGAAGGAGGAGGGGUAGUGGCUAUGCCGGCUGUAGCGCCCAUGCCGGCUGUAGCGACUAAGCCGGCUGUAGCGCCCAUGCCGGCUGUAGAGGCUAUGCCGGCUGUAGCGGCUGCGGCGGAGUGGAACAUGGACUUGCUGAGCGCGCCGCUGAGCUCGAGCCUACAGCAGCGCAAGCAGCAGCAGCAAUCGUCACCGUCGAUUCGAGCGUCGUCAGGGUCGCCGCAAGUCUCGGUAACAGGUGCUGCUGCUGCUGGGGGUGCUGGCGGCGGUGCUGCUGCUGCUGCUGCUGCUGCUGCUGCUGCUGCUGCUUCUCCCGCUCUUGCGACUCCUUCUGUUGCUUCUCCUGCUCUUGCCGCCGUGUCCCCUGUCGCCGCAACCCCUCCCUACGUUGCGUCUCUCUUGAUCGAGUCUCACGCCAUUGCAUCUCCCUUGAUCGGUUCACCCGUCAUCACCUCUUCAGCUGAUAGCACCGGCCCUACUGUUGCUGCUGCUGUUGGUGGCGGCGGUAGCAGUGGUAGUGGUGUCAAGGAGGGAAUGGUACUUAGUGGUUCGGGGGGAUUAGAGCUAGGGCCUCGCAGGAAACCAGUGGACUUAGCUAAGCGUCUGGCCAGUGCGGUUAGAUUUCAGAAGCAGCAGGUGUCUAGAGCGCAGUCAAAUCCGCUGCAGCAGCAGCAGCAGCAACAGCAGCAGCAGCAGCAACUGUCGCAGCCGCUGCAUACGAAGCAAACAGAAGAGAGACAGGAGCCCGGAGUGACUCACCUGAGGCCAAUUCAGCCGAAACAGAACCACCAACCAAGAGUGAUUCAGCAGAGAGUGAUACAACCGAGAGUGAUGGAGCAGCAGCAGCAGAGAUUGAUUCAACCGAGAGUGUUAGAGCAGCAGCAGCAGCAGAGGGUAGAGGCGGUGCCGAGGGCAGUGAGUGAGUUUGGUGACACGGAGAGUGUGCGGGACUUGGCCAGUGGGAGGGUUUCUGAUGAGGGGUUACAGCAGGACCUGCUUCAGCUGGCUGAAGCCGUGGCCACGGGCGACCAGCCACGCAUGGUCAGCCUCACCAGGUGCCUGCGCCCGCUCUCCUCCCCCUAUGGAACGCCCAUGCAGCGCGUCUCACACUACCUCCUCACUGCCCUCGCCAAGAGGGCUGCAGGCGCCCUGGGAACGGACUACAUCGCGUAUCUCAGCCGCGCGCCCGAGGAGGAGGCGUUGAUCCUGGCCUUUGCAGCGCACUGCCCCACGCUGCAGUUCUGCUACUCCGCCCUGGCCUGUGCCAUGCUGGACGCAGCAGAGGAUGAGACCAACAUUCACAUUGUCGACUUCGCCAUGUGGGCAGGCCAGUGGCCAAUUGUCAUCCGCCAGCUGGCAGCCGCUGCCCGGAAAAGAAUGGCCGCGGCAGCCGUCACCAUCCACAGCCUUAACAGCAGCAGCAGCAGCGGCGGCAUCGGUGGCGGCAUAGGCAUUGGUAUCAAUACCGCUGCUACCGCUAGCCACGGCUCCCCAUCAUCAUCUGCCUUCUCCUCUCCCUCCCACCCCUCGCCUUCCCAACCUUCCUCCACCCACCACUCCCGCUCCCCCUCUUCCUCCCCUUCACCCACACCCCCGCAAGGUCCGUCCACCUCCGCUCCCUCUCCCAUCCCUCCCUCCUUCCUCCGAAUCCGAUUCACAGCUGUAGACCCGCCCUUUGGUCAUCCCUACGGGACCGGCCCGAAGCUUCCUGCGGCUUUCCUGCAGGCUGAGCUGGCGCGGGCGGCGCAGGAGUGUGGCGUGAGCUUGUCCUUUUCCCGGGUCGAGGCGGCGCCGGAGACGCUGCGGGCGGCGGCGAUUGGAGUGGAGCGCGGGGAGUGUGUGCUGGUGAAUAUUGCUGGGCGGCUGGCUUGUGUGGCAGACUCCACAGUGCUCCGACACAGCCCUAAGGAUACCGCAGUGAAGGUACGAGGGAGCCGUGAGGGCGAUCAUGCAGCUAGACCCAAAGGCGAUAAUGCAGCUAGACCCAAAGGUCGUUUCUCUGGUAGAGUGGGACUCCAAUCAUCAGCAGCCCUUCUUCCUUUCUCGCUUCAAAGACGCCCUUCUCUUCUUCCACAACAUCUUCGCCUCCCACGAUGCCCUUGCCUCUCUCCAUAUGCCACGCACUGCCAUUCUCACUCUUCCCUGUCCACUUCCCUCCUCCCUCCCCCCUUUCUCCCCCAGGCGAUAAUGCAGCUAGACCCAAAGGUCGUUUCUCUGGUCGAGUGGGACUCCAACCAGCAACAGCCCUUCUUCCUCCAUCGCUUCAAAGACGCCCUCCUCUUCUUCCUCAACGUCUUCUCCUCCCACGAUGCCCUUGCCUCCCGCUUCUCCUUCGGCCGCCGCGGAUUCGAGGAGUUUGUUCUCGCACGGGAAAUGGUGAACCUGGUAGCGUGCGAGGGCAUGCAGAGGCUGGUGAGAGCGGAGAGUUUGGACCAGAUGCAUGUGCGGAUGGGGCGGCUGGGGGUGGUGGCACGGCCGUUCAGCAAGAGGAGCAUGUGGGGGUUGCGAGAGCUGAUCGCGCCGUACCCUAAAGGCAGGGGGAGAAGGGAGGAGAUGAGAGGAGUUUGUUCUCGCACGGGAAAUGGUGAACCUGGUAGCGUGCGAGGGCAUGCAGAGGCUGGUGAGAGCGGAGAGUUUGGACCAGAUGCAUGUGCGGAUGGGGCGGCUGGGGGUGGUGGCACGGGCGUUCAUGAUAUUUUCCUCGCGAUCACAGAGAACCCCAUUCCCGUCGCCAUUCCUCUCACCCCUCUCAUCGCCCACUAUGCUAUCCUCGAGUUCGCCAAAUCGCCCACCCGUCUCCCUUUCCGUCGCGCGUCACGUCGCCAUCUCGUCGCCCGUCCCGUCGCCCUCUUCGUCGCCCUCUCUCCCCUCCUCUCCUCCCGUCGGCCUCUCUCUCGCCCCUCCCUACCGAUCGCCCUCCCGUCGCUCGCCCCGUCGCGCUCUCUCUCUCCGCUCCCUUCCCGUCGCCCUCUCUCUCGCCCCUCCCUUCCCGUCGCGCUCUCUCUCUCCGCGCCCUUCCCGUCGCCCUCUCUCUCGCCCCUCCCUUCCCAUCGCUCUCUCUCUCUCCGCUCCGCCCUCUCUCUCGCUCCUCCUUCGAAUCGCGCUCUCUCUCCGCUCCCUUCCCGUCGGCCUCUCUCUCCGCUCCCUUCCCGUCGCGCUCUCUCUCUCCGCUCCCUUCCCCUCGCCCUCUCUCUCGCCCCUCCCUUCCCGUCGCGCUCUCUCUCUCCGCUCCCUUCCCGUCGCCCUCUCUCUCGCCCCUCCCUUCCCGUCGCGCUCUCUCUCUCCGCUCCCUUCCCAUCGCCCUCUCUCUCGCCCCUCCCUUCCCGUCGCGAUCUCUCUCUCCGCUCCCUUCCCGUCGCCCUCUCUCUCGCCCCUCCUACCCGUCGCGCUCUCUCUCUCCGCGCCCUUCCCGUCGCCCUCUCUCUCGCCCCUCCCUUCCCAUCGCGUUCUCUCUCUCCGCUCCGCCCUCUCUCUCGCUCCUCCCUUCGAAUCGCGCUCUCUCUCCGCUCCCUUCUCGUCGCGCUCUCUCUCUCCGCUCCCUUCCCAUUGCCCUCUCUCUUUCUGCUCCCUUCCCAUCCUCCCUUCUCGCUCGCCUCGAAUGGCCCUCCCGGCGACCUUCGACUCUCCCAUCACGUAUGCCCUCCUUUCUCCGUCGCCUCUCUCGUUCUCCCUCUGCUAUCGCGUCAGCGUGACCCAUUCCGUACUCUGUUAUUGUGUUUGGUUUGUUUGUUUUUUCUGUCUUUCCAUCUAUUCUCGACACCCUCUCUCCCGCCGCCUAUCCUCUCUCCCGUCGCCCUCCCGUUUCCCGUCGCCCUCCCGUUUCCCGCCCCCCUCCCGUUUCCCGUCGCCCUCCCUUUUCCCGUCGCCCUCCCGUUUCCCGUCGCCCUCGCGUUUCCCGUCGCCCUCCGGUUUCCCGUCGCCCUCCCGUUUCCCGUCGCCCUCCCUUCUUCCGUCGCCCUCCCUUUUCCCGUCGCCCUCGCGUUUCCCGUCGCCCUCCCGUUUCCCGUCGCCCUCCCGUUUUCCGUCGCCCUCCCGUUUCCCGUCGCCCUCCCGUUUCCCGUCGCCCUCGCGUUUCCCGUCGCCCUCCCGUUUCCCGUCGCCCUCCCGUUUCCCGUCGCCCCCCUUCUUCCGUCGCCCUCCCGUUUCCUACGCCCUCCCUUCCCGUCGCCCUCCCGCCUCAAGUCCAAGGCAGCACAUUGA